GAGAGAUUUUUACUACUGGCGAACAUGGGGCAGCCGGUAAUCAUACAGGUUGAAAACAUUUGCUACCCCAUUCUUGCAAUUGUCGGUGUUCCAGCUAAUCUGGUGACAAUUAUAAUCCUAUCCCGUGAAAUUUGCGACCUUUCCAAAUGUGUCACCCGAUAUUUUGUGGCAAUGGCAGUGGCGGAUCUAUCAGUUCUGGUAUUUGACGUAAUAUUCUAUGAGAUCAAAGAUUAUUAUUUCCCAAAUUUAUUUUUCAACUAUACACCAAUUUGCACUCUGAGCAUUGUCCUGAAUAUGGUGUCUGUUGACUGUUCUGUGUGGUUAACUGUUGCAUUCACCUUUGAUCGAUUUGUGGCUAUUUCUUGCCAAAAGCUGCAAAUAAAGUAUUGCUCUGCUAAAACGGCAACCAGGGUUAUAGGAAUAGUUUGUUCUGUCAGCAUUUUACAGACUGUUCCGACGUAUUUUGCGUUCGAACCUCGAGAGAUAAUAGACAACCGACCAUGGUCCUGUUCUGUGAAAGCCAGUUUCUAUAAAUUACCUCUGUGGAUUGCAUAUUGGUGGAUGGAAAUUAUUUUAACUCCAUUUCUUCCAUUUGUUUUGAUAUUAUUUUUCAAUGUGCUGACCAUUAGAAGCAUUGUACAGACAAACAGAAUCAGAAGAAGACUAAGAGGAAAUGAUAAAGAUCUGAGACACAAUGAUCCACAAAUGGUGAAUAGGAGAAAAUCGAUGAUUAUCUUAAUGGCCAUAUCUGGAAACUUUAUUAUUUUGUGGAUUGUAACAUUGGUAACUUACCUACUUGUCCAAUUUACAGAUGCAAAAUUAUUAGUAGCAAAUUACAAUGACCCAUUUACAAUUCUGGAACAAACAGGCUACAUGCUAAGGACUUUGAGUUGCUGUACAAACACCUUUAUUUAUGCAGUUUCACAACGUAAAUUCAAAGAUGAGCUUAAAAAAUUGAUCAUGCAUCCCGCUUCUCUACUAAUACAUUUCUGUAAGUACGUUGUUAAUUCUGUGAACUAAACAACAAACACAAAUUUACUCUCAACAUUUUAUGAUAAUGGACAAUGUAAAACAGUACAUUUUAAUGAACUUUGGCCAGCAUUAUACAAACAUUAAAUCAAAACUGUGGUCACUGUUUAUUUUGCUCUCUCCUUGAACUUCACAGUGCUUAAAAUAAAGAUUGUAAUUAUCUAUCCUUCCAUUCUCACUUCUCAAACAAACCUCAGUUAAAGUUACACAAAUACAGAAUUGUUUGACGGGAAGAAUGUGCAAAAAGUAUUUCCCAAGCUGUAAAAGGCUUCAGCAGUCUGCAGUGGAAAGACAUUUGAGAGGGCUAGUACGGGAUUCUCUUAAAGUUAAUGUAUAGGUUCAGACUGCAGUUAGGAAGGCAAAUACAAUGUUACUGCUCAUUACAAGAGGGCUAUAAUUCAAGAGCAGAAAUGUAACUCUGAGUUUGAUAAAGCUCUACUCAAUCGACAUUUGGGACAAUGUGAGCAAUUUGAUGAUCCCGUAUCUAAGGAACAGUGUGCUGGUGUAGGGGGAGUUGCAGAAGACUUGGAAAAAAUGACCCUGGAGACGAACAACUUGUCAUAUGAAGUUAUGGUUGAGGACACUUGGUUUGUAAUCAUGGACAUUAGAAUGAUGAGGGAUUACCGAAUUGAAAUUUACAGAAUAUUGAGGGGCCUGGCUAGAGUGGACGUAACCUAUAUGUUUGCACGAGAUAUAGAGACGAGGACCUGAAAGCAGUGAGUCAGAGAGAAGGGCUGAUUGUUUGGAAAUGAGAUGAGGAGCAUUGUUUUUUUCAGACAGAGGCUAGGUAAUCUGCAGAAUUCAUUACCACACAAGGCUGUGGAGGCCAAUACAUUGCAUGUAGUUUUAAAACAGAGGUAAAUAGAUUCUUGAUUAGUCUGAGAAUUCAAGGAUUAAGUGAUGAAGCAAGUAGAACCAGCCUGAACAACAUUUCAACAUUACCAAACGGCAUAGCUCUCUUUGUGGGCUAAAUGGCCUAGGCUUGCUACAAUAUUGCAUGUUUUAUGGCCUUCUGUCCCGUUUUCCAGAUCUCCAGAAUUAGAUGAUAAAUUGGAUAUUUGUAUUUGUUUCAUUGUGUUUUCCAAUCCUCAUGUUAAUUAAACAUAUUCAGUAAAUAUCUAAAUUAAUCAUGGUCCUUCAAACCCACAAAACAGGCCAUGGCUUUUGGAGUUAAUGAUAUUCCAUUUGAGAUGAAAUCCAAUACCAUCAGAAAUAUUAAUCUAGGGAUAAUUGACACUUUUCCCAUUUACAGCAUAUUGUAGCCAUUUAUUUGAACAUUGCUCCUGAGAAAACAAGGAAAAUUUGUGGAUCAUUAAAUGCAAGACUUUAGUUUUCCUUAAAUACGGUAAAUGCAAUUUUAAAAAAAUCUGGGUAAUCUCAUC